UCUCGCAAUCCCGCUUUCCCGUCCUAAACGACCGUACCACGCAAAAAUCCACCAUCCAUGAUUCAACCGUGAUGUCAGUUCUUCACGUGGAGAUGCGAUCUAUCAAUUACCAUUCCGGCUAUUGUUUUAAGGCGGUCGUAUGGUAAAAAUGUUGAUCUUAGAAAUAUGAAUCAAUGACAUGCGACGUCUGCUUCUACUUGGAGUAGUGACCUUCAGCUUCCUGAUCUGGGUGUACAUAUAUCAAGACAUCAAUUCCUUCGUCAGUUACAACUCCGUCUACGUAAACUAUAAUCAAACAGCUGCUCCUCCCAUAAACGAUGGUAAAUACUUGGUAUCCAGUCCGAAAUGCAAGAUCGUCGAUCUGGAGCCAUUCAACAAGUACGCGAAGAAGUACCACAAACCGGAGAAGUACACCGCGUGCAGGAAACUGGAGCUACUCACUUACGUCACGAAAACGGACGGCGUGGCGACGCUGCACGUGGACGACGAAAUCGUACCGUCCUACCUCAGGAAAAAGUCCUCCGGGAUUUCAUGUUGUUACUCGGAUGUUCACAGACACUCGACUGUUAAAGAUCCCGACAACAACGUUAGGAUUUCGGAGUGCAAGAAGUUUACGAAAAGCACGACAAUAAAAGGUGAUAUAGCAUUGGUAAGAUGCACCGAUCUGUCCACAAAGAAACAAGUGUACGAAAACGUGCACUCGAUAAUAAAUCCAAAAAACGUCCAUUUACGCAACACAACCGACAAUACAACAAAACCAAUUAGUGUAUUAAUCGUGGGUAUCGACAGCAUUUCCAGGCUAAACUUCAUUAGAAGUCUACCCAUCACUUAUAAAUAUGUCACGGACAACGACUGGGCCACCCUCAAGGGUUACAAUAAAAUGGACGACAACACCUUUCCGAACCUCAUGGCAAUUUUAACCGGUUACAACCAAAGUCGAGCUUACAGUCUUUGUAACCCCAAGGAAGUGGGACAUUUGGACAAGUGUCCCAUGUUGUGGUAUAACUUCAGGAAACUCGGCUACGUCACCGGUUAUGCUGAAGAUGACGCCAAAAUUGGAACGUUCAAUUUUGGAAAGAAGGGCUUUAGAAAGCCGCCAACUGAUUACUAUUUAAGACCGUACGUUAUGGCGGCGGAGAAGCUAAAGACGGUGAGGAAGGACGGUAUGACUUAUUGUGCAGGUCCCGAGACUUCAGGCGAAAGGAUUUUGAACGCCGCCAAAGAUUUUGCCAUUACCUUCAAAGAUGUGCCACUAUUUGGGCUGUUUUGGAUGAACAGCUUCAGCCACAACGCCAUCAAUUCGCCUACUGGCAUGGACAAUAAAAUCAAACAGUUUCUAGAGGAUCUGUCCAAUUCGGGUGUUUUAGAUUCUGUUGUUGUUAUAUUUUUAAGCGACCACGGUAUAAGGUUUGGGGACAUUCGGCUGACUCCCACAGGAUGGCUGGAAGAGCGUCUUCCGUUCAUCUAUGUUUCGUUCCCGGGAUGGUUCAAGGUGACGUUCAAGCAACAGUACGAUAAUUUUCUGGAGAACGAAAAUCGUUUAACGUCACCGUAUGAUUUGUACGUUACCCUUCAACACCUUAUGUCUUUGUCUGGGUUUAAUGUGACGAUAAAAGGAAGCGAGGCUUGCCCGUUGUGCCAAUCGUUGUUCAACCCGGUGGAAGAGGACAGAUCCUGUGAGGAAGCUGGCAUUGAUCAGCACUGGUGUACCUGUUAUGGAUAUAAGGAAGUAGAUUUAGAUAAGACAGUUGCCAAUAAAUUAGCAAACUUUGUGAUUAAAAGAAUUGACAAGAUAAUUCGGAAGAGACAUGGCGACAAGAAAUGUGCCAAUUACAAGCUUCAUAAGAUCAUCAACACGAGCAUGUCCGAAAAGCUAUCCUAUAAUAAUAACACUUUUAUCAUGGUCAAGAUUGAAACGAAACCGAAAGCCAUAUUUGAAACUACUGUUUUGUUUCGGGGUAGUUUAGACAAGGCAGAUUUUUAUUCCGAUAGUAGCAUUAGUAGAUUAGAUUGGUACAAUGGACAUAGUUCGUGUGUGGAUGAUACAUACCUAAAGAAGUACUGUUUCUGCAAAUAGCAGGGAACAUAUCUUACACUUAAAGAUUUGUGUGACAUAUCGCAGUUGCGAAAAAUUCAUGUGUCAAAAUAGCAGGAAUAGUCUAUAAAGUGCCUCAGUUCCUAGUGAGAUGAUUUUUUAAUUAAUUUUCUAUAUUUUUAUGUAUUUUACAAAGUCUUGUUUCUAGUCAAUGAUGAUAAAUCUUGUUUAUACUCAGAACUUUAGUAAUUAAGAAUAAAUUGUGAACUAUUU